CAUGAACCUGACUACAGACGUCCAGAACCUGGUAACACAAAACCAGCAGCUGGAGACCCAAAACCAGCAGCUGGAGACCCAGAGGAACAACUUAACAAAACAAAUACAAGACCUGGAGACAAACUGGAAUAAACUCAACGUCAGUCGAGCUCAGUGGAGCAUUGAUGCCUACUGCCCCAGAACAAAUAACGGGAGACAGUGUGCAGCUUGUCAGAAUGGCUGGUUUCUCUACAUGUCUAACUGCUAUGUGUAUAAUAACGCUGCUCCUGAUCAUCAGAAAACCUGGGAAGAAGCUCGACAAGACUGCAGAGGAAGGGGUUCAGAUUUGGUUGUUGUACAAAGUCAAGAGGAAAAGGAUAUACUCAAAGCAGUCAGCGUGGGUAGUUCAGGAACUGCUGGAUACUGGUUUGGUCUGAGAGCUGAAGGAGGGAGAUGGAAGUGGAUUGAUGGAAGUAAUCUGACUGAAAGCUACUGGACACCACAGCCUCCUCCUGCUACUGACAGUCAGUGUGUAAUGUCUGUCCAGAACUAUAACUGGAUACCAGUGAGCUGUGAUCAGAAACAAAGAUGGAUCUGCGUAAUGAAGGCUUUAUCUGUUUAAACACAGCAGUCAGACUCUGCAUGAUAAUAUCAACUGGCUUAUAAAUAUCAAACUAUGAAGACUUCUACUUCACAAUUUAAAUGUUUUGUCUUCAAAACUAAAAAUGUUCAGGG